CCGCCAUUCCCUCCCUUGGCUGCUUCGUCUGCUCCGGCCGCAGUAUCCCCCUUUCUCCCGCCCCCUUAGAUUCCCCCCACCCACUAAGCCCGAGCCGGCAAUCGUCCCCACCCUCGGCACCACGCAAAACGACGACCCAGCCGCCUCCGCUCCCACGCCGCGCACACACCUCGCCAGCCACCUCCAUGACGCUCCUCCUCUCGCCCGCCGCUGCGAAGAGCCUCCACGCACCGCUCCCCCUCCAAAGCGCCGCUGCGGCCGCCCAUCCUUCUCGUUUCCGGCCCCUCGGUGGUGAGUCACGCGGCGGCAGGGGGAGAGCGGCGGUGGUGUCAGAGAAGCAGGCGGCAGCGGUGGUGGCGGAGAAGCCGCUGGUGGUGGAGGGGGAAGGGAGCAGCGGGGAGCGCUACGACGCGAUAGUGGUCGGGUCGGGGAUCGGAGGGCUGGUGGCGGCGACGCAGCUGGCGGCUAAAGGGGCGCGGGUGCUGGUGCUCGAGAAGUACGUCAUCCCCGGAGGCAGCUCCGGGUACUACCGCCGCGACGGCUUCACCUUCGACGUGGGCUCCUCCGUCAUGUUUGGAUUCUCCGACAAGGGAAACUUAAAUUUGAUUACACGAGCACUAGAAGCAGUUGGGUGUAAGAUGGAAGUCAUACCUGAUCCUUCUACGGUUCAUUUCCAUCUACCUGGUGAUCUCUCCAUUCUUGUGCACAGGGAGUACAAUGACUUCAUCAAAGAGUUGGUUAGAAAAUUCCCUCAUGAAAAAGAAGGGAUCCUAAAAUUCUAUGGCAUAUGUUGGAAGAUUUUCGAUUCAUUAAACUCUUUGGAACUCAAGUCCCUGGAGGAACCUCUAUACCUUUUUGGCCAAUUUUUUAAGAAGCCUCUGGAAUGCUUGACUCUCGCAUAUUAUCUGCCACAGAAUGCUGGGGAUAUUGCCCGCAAGUUCAUUAAGGAUCAGCAGUUACUGUCGUUCAUAGAUGCUGAGUGUUUUAUUGUGAGCACAGUCAAUGCCUUGCAAACACCCAUGAUCAAUGCAAGCAUGGUCUUGUGCGAUAGGCACUUUGGGGGAAUUAAUUAUCCAGUUGGCGGUGUUGGUGGUAUUGCGGUGUCCUUGGCAAAUGGCCUUGUUGACAAGGGCAGUGAAAUCCGUUACAAGGCAAAUGUAACCAAUGUUAUCCUUGAAAAUGGGAAAGCUGUUGGGGUGAGGUUGUCAAACGGGAAGGAGUUCUUUGCUAAAACAGUCAUAUCAAAUGCGACGAGAUGGGACACGUUUGGAAAACUCGUGAAAGUUGAAGAGCUUCCGGAAGAGGAGAAAAACUUUCAGAAGAAUUAUGUUAAGGCGCCAUCUUUCCUUUCUAUUCAUCUGGGCGUCAAAGCCUCAGCUUUACCUUCUGGUACUGAUUGUCACCAUUUUGUAUUGGAGGAUGAUUGGUCAAACUUGGAGAAGCCUUAUGGAAGCAUAUUUUUAAGUAUCCCUACAGUUCUUGAUCCAUCAUUGGCUCCCGAAGGACAUCACAUACUUCAUAUAUUUACAACUGCAGGCAUUGAAGAUUGGGAGGGUCUAUCUAGGAAUGACUAUGAGCAGAAAAAGGAGCUUCUGGCAAAUGAGAUUAUACAAAGGCUUGAGAAGAAGCUGUUUCCUGGUCUUCAAGAUUCAAUAGUCCUCAAGGAGGUAGGAUCACCAAAAACUCACAGAAGAUUUCUUGGACGGAACGAGGGCACAUACGGACCCAUGCCACGGGGUAUACCCAAGGGAUUGCUGGCCAUGCCUUUCAAUACUACUUCAAUAGAUGGACUUUACUGCGUUGGUGAUAGCUGUUUUCCUGGGCAAGGUGUAAUUGCAGUGGCCUUUUCAGGGGUCAUGUGUGCUCAUCGAGUUGCAGCAGAUAUAGACCUCGAACAAAGAUCGCCUAUUCUAGACACUGGUCUUCUCGGGAUCCUGAGAUGGUUGAGAACACUCGCAUAGAAUGACAUCAGAUCAUGAACAGGUCUUUGUUCACGCAGAAGAAGACGGCAACAGCCUCACAAAUUUUUGUGUUACCGCGGGAUCAGUGUUGUUUAGUCAUCCACAAUAUAUGACCUAGCAGGGGAUUUAACCAUUUAUCUUGCUGCCUGGUGCGUACUGCUUACGCAAAGUUGUCUCGAGAAUAUUGGCCAAUCAUACCAGUUUCACUCUGUAACUUGGAAGAAAUCAGGGGUUUUAUCAUUUACUGGUCUGCUUGUCUCUGCACCCCAAAGCGACACUACUCUACGUAGGAGUUGCACAUGCUGUAACAAUCUAAAGCUGGAUGGGUAGAACUCUACAUUUCUGAAUAUGGAGCAGCUCUUAGUUUUUUUUAAUAUUA